UACAAUUUUAUUAUAUGUAAGAGAGAAUCGUAAAAAGAGGAUCUGGAUUUAUUUUCUGUAUGCAUACGUACUUUGUUUAAUCAUCGAACGGAAUUACUUUACUUCCUCUAGGAAACAAAUGCAAAAUGUUGACUUUCUAAACCACCGAAUAGCUCAAAGUGUGUAGAAAAAAUGCUGAAUCAAGGGUAAGCGCUAUCGCCAAUUAGUUGCGAAAAACUACUCCACAUCGCAAAGGAAACACAAAUCGACAAUUAACGACCAUUUCUGUUACCAUUUCACGUUUUAGUGCCAAUCGCAUAUCGAUUACAUGUCCACUUUUAUGAAUUUAUAUUUGUGCUCUUGCAAGCGGCUUGCAGCAAGCGAUAUUUGAUAUGCAUGCGCCGUAUAACGGAGUGGCGUAAAUUAGGCGAGGUCUUCUGACGCACUCGCUGCUUUUAUUUAUUUACUUACAAUACCCUCAAUUGAAUUUGGUAAAAAUUUUGCGAGUGACUUAACAAUUGCAGUUCACUUAGUUUUUCGGUAUAAAAGGUAGUUUUAUUUGGCAAGGGAAGCAUACCACCACCACAGUUCCUACAGCUAAGUACAAGCUAACCCUAAACAAAAGCAAAAUGUUCAAAUUCGUGAUUGUCGUUCUUGCCGCCCUCAUCGCUUGCACCUCAGCCAAACCCAGCAUUGUGGCGCCAUUAGCAGCAGCUCCUUUCGCCGCCGCUGCCUACGCCAACGCACCACUGUACGCCGCUGGUGGCAGCAGUCAAAUUGAUGUUCGCAACAACUACGAUGGCACACUAUCUUCGUACACCACAACACCAUUCCACUACUCCGGACCCUUCUCCAGCCGCUAUGUUUCGGGCAUUCCAGCUGCCUACGCUGCUGCCGCACCUGCUCCCUUAGCCGCGCCGUUAGCUGCUCCAGCUUUUGGUAGAUACGCUGCGCCAGCUGCUUUCGCGGCUCCCUCUCCAUUGGCUGCUCUACCAGCUCCUUUUGCCGCUGCGCCUGCCCCUCUGGCUGCUGCUCCUGCUCCAUUUGCCGCUGGUCUGCCUGCUCCGUUCGCCGCUGCGCCUGCUCCUUUGGCUGCUGCACCUUUUGCCGCUCCCUAUGCAUCCGCUUUCGCUGCUCCAGCCCAUUAUGCGUGGUAGAGAAGUGAAAGUUACAGGAAGUAGUGGAUGACCAAAACACGAAGAUUGUUGGCAUUUUGCUUGCAAACUAGCUCCAAUUCGAACUGAUUACAUCUAUUAAAAGAAUAAUAAAUUUAUAUUGAAUAUGAUAUAAUGCAUUUCUCUUUAAACUUUGGGCGACAGCGUCACAGCAAGCUAAAAUUGGUGCUAGAGUAAGUUACAAAAACUGCACACACUUGACAUCAAAGAUCAUAAAGUGAAAGUGUU